CAAACUGCAGCAAUGCUUCACUUUGUACCUCCAGGAGCAGCCCAAGAUGCAAACAUCCCUUGCCUGUCUGUGCCUGUGCCUGCUCAGCACAGCCUUCACCACACCUGUGCCACCGCCGCUGCCUGAGAGAGCUGCUGGGAACUGUGUGGGACAACACCGGAUAUUUCUGAAAAGCUGCAAUGCCAAGCAUGGCUUCUACAUUUUCAAAUAUGUCUACUCAUUCUCAACGCGGAGGAACCAGACACAGAUAAAGAAAGAAGAGGCUGACCACCAGAGUACCAUCCCCAGCCACCGGCUGGAUGAGGGCAGUGCCAGGAGGGAGCCACCAGCUGGGUCAGCUGGGACAGCCCCAGAGCGCAGUGACAACAGCAGCAGUGAAGUAAUUGAGUAUGGGAUUGUCUUCAAUCCCGAAAACCGCAGCACCCCGGACAUCAGCAGGGAUGGUCCCAGUCCUCACCCUGGCACUGGCAUGCAUGCACGUGGUAGUGGUGGCGGCAUGGGUCCCACCCCAUCCAGCUCAGAGGGCAGCGGUGAUCUGGAUUUGGUGCUGGAAGUUGAUGGCGGUGUUCCCAUUCUUCCUCAGGGUGAACGCCCCAGCGAGGUUGUGGUAGGGAACAGGUCCAGGGUCAGGAGUGAGAAUAAGGAUGAUGGUGCCCCCAGGGUGGUUCCGGUGGGGGGAGCCAUGACUGCGGGGAGGGGGAGGGCCCCUACUACCAGAGGGGCAGGGGAUGAGGGCAGUGGAGAGGCCACUGUCUCUGGCCAAGGGCAGGAGAGAGUUAAGCAGGGUACAGGGACAGGAGACAUUGCUUUGUCCUCUGUCACUGAGAAGACAGAGGAUGUCCAAGUGGAUGCUGCAGGUGUGGAUGAAUACGCUUAUGUCCCCGAUUCAGGCAGCGUCACCAUCACCCAUGGGAGCCUGGGCAGCACAGACAGGGCCAAUGGCUUCACCCAGGUCUCUCCAGGCAAGGAUGAUGAGGUAAACAUAUUCAUUGGGAGGGCCAACAUCCAUAUGGGGGAGCAGGUAACCACCCAGGCUGGUGUCACAGUGAGUAGGGAGAAUGACAGGAUCCCCUCUGUGGGAAGCAGCAGGCCCCUCCACAGGCUGGACGUCACCGUGGCACCCAGUGGAGAUGAAGAUGACAGCAUGCCUACCCGCAGGCAGCCUGAAAGACUGGCCACCACAGCCACCCCAACCCAUGGGGACAGCAUUACCAGCAGCCUCAGGGACAGCCGUCUCACUGGAGAGGAUGAGGAAGGUGCCACCACCAUUGGUAUUGAUAGAGGACUGGUAACCCCUGUUCCCUGGAGAGUCACUAGUGGUGACAUUACCAGCCCCACAGUGGCCAGCAUCCAUGGGAAAGAUGAUGAUGAGGUGAGAGGAGAGGGGCAGAAGUCCAAGGGGAAGCAGCCAGACCAUGUGGCUACCACGACCCCUCACCACAGGGAUGACAUGGAGGCCACUAUCACAGUCCCAGCCAAGGGGGGCAGCAUCCACCCAGCCGCUACCGAGAGGGACCGCACCACCCCGUCAGUGACAGCCAGCAGCCGCAAGGCAGGCAUGGGCACUGUGCUCGGCAGAAGAGGCAGUGGGGAAGUGGGGACAGCCACCUCCACACCCUCCCAUGUGGAGGCACGGCCCGGGGCAGGGAUGAGGGUCCGUCCAGGGGGAGCAGGUCUGGACAAGACACCCAGGAUGGACAAAACACCACUCCCAACUGGGAAACCCAGUGGCUGGGUGUCGAGCGGGGCCCAGAAAAGUGUUGGCAGCUAUGAUGGCGAUGCUGGGGGCAGAUCUCAUGCUGUCAAAGCAGGAGCCAGCCCCGCUCCACAGGCAGGGCAAGCCACGGGCAGCAUGGCAGCAGGCAGGGGCCGGGAGUGGGGGCGAGGUGCAGAGAGUGGGACAGCAGGGCUGGGGGCCGGGGGUGGCCGCCUGCCUGGGCACCAUGGCAGGAGGCUGGGGGCUGGGGUGCCGGGCACCAUUGCAACACUGGGCCGCAGCCGGCAGCUGGACCAGGUGAAACGUGCUGACGAGCUCCAUGUCCGUGAGCGGGCCUUUUACAGCCUUGGCGGGGCGGGCGGCGGCCCCCACGGUCCCUAUCCCGGCCUCGGGAGUGCUGACAGCAGCCAGUCCUCCGAGGGGGACCAGGGCAGCCACAGUGAGAGUGGACAGACGGGACUGCAGCCCUCAGGGUGGGGAUCCCCAGGGUACCCCCAAGGCCGCUGGAUCCAGGGGCCCCUCUGAGGCGUGCCCAGUAUCCACCCCGGUAGGCUCCAGCGGUGGAGUUGGGGGGUAACUCACCGUGUUUUCCCCCUUGGCAUCCCCCCUGCGGGCUCUGCUCUUGCCUGGGUGAGGGGCAGGUUGCUGGGGGGCACACAGUGCUUCACAGCCCAGGAGCCAAAAAAUCACUGGUUCAUGCAAUCUGCUGUUCAUCUGGGGGAGGCUGCGCAUGGCACAGCAGCAGGAAUGCACGGGUGUGCUGUGCUGGACAGCCAGGGAACAGCAGCUAUGCUACAGGGCAUAGGGUAGCGAUCUUUGUGCACUGAUGCGAAGCAACUCAAGAAGCAGUGAGAAAAAGCCUCUGUCCUCGCAGUUUCACUUCAGCCUACUGGAGAAAUAAAGGCA